AUGGGUAUGACCAUCUCAAGACUUCUUGAUAACAUGGGGAAUGAGAAGGAAACACGGAUUAUAAUUGUCGGGCUCGAGGGUGCCGGAAAGACCACAAUUCUCCAACAGCUGAAAAGUGACGCCAUAACAACCACCUUUCCCAUACCCGGGUUCAGCGUGAAGAAAAUCGAACACAAGAACAUUACAUUCACUGCAUGGAACAUGGAUGUACGAAAAGAGAUCCGCUCGUUGGGGAGGAACUAUUUCCACAACACAGAAGGCAUCAUAUUCGUGGUUGAUUCCAACGAUCCUCGUAUAUACGAAGCACGUGUGGAGCUGGAGUUUCUGUUGCAGGAGGAUGAGCUAAAAAAAGCUUUGCUCCUGGUCGUUGCUAACAAGCAGGAUGUGGCCGAUGCAAUGAGCACCGUGGAGAUUUAUAAUAGCUUCGAUCUUCAAAAUGUGAGACAAAACAAAUGGUAUAUUCAAUCCGCCUGCGCCACCAGCGGCGAUGGUCUUCCCGAAGGUCUCGAAUGGCUCUCCAACAACAUUAAGAGAGCUAGAUAA